GACAUGAAAUAAUAAAAAAAGGCGUAUUACUUCAGCUUCUAGGGGGCGUUCACAAAGAAACCGUAGAGGGUAUGAAUCUCAGGGGGGAUAUUAAUGUCUGUAUAGUCGGAGAUCCUAGUACUAGCAAGAGCCAGUUCCUUAAAUAUGCAUGUCAGAUACAUCCCCGCGCUAUAUUUACAUCCGGAAAAGCCUCAUCUGCUGCUGGUUUGACCGCGGCUGUCGUCAAAGACGAAGAGUCUGGUGAUUUCACCAUAGAAGCGGGUGCUUUAAUGCUAGCGGAUAACGGGAUCUGCGCUAUUGACGAAUUUGACAAAAUGGAUAUUUCUGAUCAAGUUGCCAUUCAUGAAGCUAUGGAACAGCAGACAAUCUCUAUCGCAAAAGCUGGAAUUCAUGCGACAUUGAAUGCUCGAACUUCAAUUUUAGCGGCAGCAAAUCCGAAUGGUGGUCGAUAUAAUAAAAGGCUAUCACUUAGACGAAAUAUUUCGAUGUCAGCGCCAAUAAUGUCCCGAUUUGAUCUGUUUUUUGUGGUACUAGACGAAUGCAGACCGGAUAUAGAUCAGAUGAUAGCCGAACACAUUGUUGGGAUUCAUAGAAGAGGUGAUGACAAUAUUAAUCCACCCUAUGAUACUGAAACACUUCAACGAUAUAUUCGCUAUGCAAGAACUUUCAAACCGAAGAUUUCUCAAGAUUCUAAGAGAUUGUUAGUUGAGAAAUAUAAACAACUCCGUCAAGAUGAUGCUUCCGGCGCAGCACAAAAUUCCUAUCGUAUUACGGUUAGACAAUUAGAAAGCAUGAUACGAUUGUCUGAAGCGAUUGCAAGGGCUCAUUGCAAGAACGAAGUAAUUCCGGAGUUUGUGAACGAGGCAGCUAAGCUUAUACAACAGUCUAUAAUUCAUGUUUAUCAUGAUGACAUUGUAUUGAGAGGUCAAGAAAUGAAUCAAGAGAGUCAAGAAAUGAAUCAAGGGAGUCAAGAAAUGAAUCAAGAGAGUCAAGAAAUGAAUCAAGAGAGUCAAGAAAUGAAUCAAGAGAGUCAAGAAAGGAUGAUUACGAAUCAACCAAGUCAAGAAGUGAGGAUUACGAGAGAAGAACUUAUUAGGAUUCAAGAUGCAAUUCUUGCGAAAUUAUUGUCCUCAGAAAAUCGCACGUGUCGCGAAGAAGAUCUUGUACAAUGGUACAUAGAGCAAUGCGAAGAUACUUUAACAAGUGAAUCAGAAGUUGAAGCCAAAGAGAAAAAAUUCAAACUAGUGGUGGACCAUUUACUUAAGGAAAAAUAUUUGCAGAAAGUUCCUAGAGGUAGCCGGGAAGAUAUCGAUCUUGAGGAUGAUCAAGAAUACGACCAAAUGGAUAUUGAACAGGCAGAGUCGGAUGAACUAACUAUACAUCCAAAUAUUGACAUUGAUAAUUACUAA